UCUCUGUCGUAAAACAGGUUGGCAGCAAUGUGCUCAAACUUUAAAAGUCGUCAGUUCAAAACGAACUGUCAGAAUCGUCGAGCGUCGGAUUGUCUGUGAUACAAUUAUUGUUGGUUGAUUUUUGUUGACGACAGAGAUGGAUUGUGAUUCUUCGACAUUGUCAAAUUAUUUCGAGAGAUUACGGCAAAAAACGCGCGAGAUCGACGAGAAUAUCAAUUGGCUCGAAAAGAUCUGGAAAAUGCCUCAUCUGAUGGUCGGUGGGUAUGGGGAGAAAAAUAAGGAAAAUACCGUCUGUUUGGAAAACUUGUCAAGUUGUAUCCACGAUAUUAAAGAUGCUGUGGAAACUUUUGAGUUGCCGGAAUUAGACACGGUUGAUUUGCUCUUGAAGGAAGCAGAACAGUUGUAUCAAGAGCUAAAAGAGCAGUGUGACAAUUUGGAUAUCGUUUUUGCGGAAUACGAUUCUACAUACGAACAGAGUCCUAGUGUACAAAAUGGCCAGCAUCGAAAUAACAGUGAGAUCUGUACAAAUAAUGACAAUUCUACAAAAACAUCAGAUAUUGCAGUGGACUCUACACCAGACUGUACAUAGAAAACCAAGUUAAAAGAAUCAGACAGAAGAUUAAUAGAUAUAUCACUGCAAAGAUGUGUACAUACUAAACGAGAACUCGGAACAAAAAUAGUUUUUAACUUUUAGUAUAUUUACCGAUCGAAGAACAACACACACUCGAAACUCCUCGAAGAACUCGGGGUUCUCGACUUUACCGAUUGACUUGUUCCUCAAGAGUGGUUUAUCGAUCGUUUAACUCAUCGAAAAUGAUCAAUCACAUUGGCCAAACUGGUCAAUGUGAUUAGACAAUUUUGUUGAAUCCCGUCAAAAGAUAAUUUAUUUAGUCUAUAGUUUAAUAUCUUUUCAAUUCAACUGGCAUUCAAUCGAAGUUGUCAAUACUUGCUAACAAAACAAAUUUGUCGAUGGCUACUAACUAACUAAGGGAAAAUAACUAAUUAUCUUCAGUUAAAUAUACAAAUUAUAAUACGAUAUAAUAAGAUAAAACAAAAGAAUUUAAUAAAAACUGUCUCUAUUUUCUAUUAAAAAAAAUUAAAGUAUGUGUGCUACAUUGUUUAACCACACCAGAUACAGUAAAGACAUUACUGCAUCUGACAGUUCGCAGUCUGUGCAAAGUGGGACGGAAAAAUGUGUGCGCACAUUUAUAUGUUCGUAUAAGAUGGUUCGUAAAAGAUGGUUGUGGUUUGGACAUGGUUCUAUUCCGGGCUAUGUGCACAAGUGUCGAGUUGAGAAAGAUCGAGCAGCCGGCCGAGCACCGAGGUAGGGGUACGCGCACAACGUGACUAAA